AUGGCUCAUCCAACAGCCAGGCCAGCUACACUCGCAGUCCAUGCGGAUGAUGUUGUCAACAAUGCUACAGAUGUUGCUCCUCCAAUUCACCUGUCCACAACAUUCCGGUACCGCAAAAAUCCAGAUGAAUUGAUCCCGGCUGCAGAGCACAAUUUCGACGAAGAGGACCCCACUACCAUGGAACCGAUUUACUCCCGUGUUGCGGCGCCGAAUUCUGCACGUUUCGAAGCAAUCCUUUCGUCUUUACUCAAAGGACGCGCACUUGCAUAUGGUUCCGGACUGGCGGCUUUGAAUGGAGCAUUGGUACUCCUCAACCCAAAAAACAUUUCCAUUGGAGACAACUACCACGGCUGCCAUGGCGUCAUUGAAAUUUUCAACAGACUCACUGGAUUAAAGAAGCUGGGUUUAGACUGCCCUGCGGAGGAAUUGCAUGCCGGAGAUGUCAUCCUACUGGAGACACCUCUGAAUCCUAACGGAACCGCUUUUGAUAUUGAACACUAUGCGCAAAAGGCACAUUCUCGCGGCGCGUUUCUCAUUGUAGAUAGUACAUUUGGUCCGCCUGGCCUGCAGGACCCUUUUGAGUUUGGUGCCGACAUUAUCAUGCAUUCGGGAUCGAAAUAUUUUGGAGGACACAGCGAUCUCCUCUGCGGAGUGCUGGCCACAAGGCGCAAGGACUGGUUUGAUCAGCUAUUUGGUCAGCGUCUUCAUCUUGGAAAUAACAUGGGCAACCUGGAGAGUUGGCUCGGAGUGCGCAGUCUGCGUACGCUUGAAUUGAGGGUGCAACGCGCCAGCCAGAAUGCGACAAGUCUCGUCUCGUUUCUUCACUCUGCUUUGACUCAGUCAAACGCCGCUGCUGGAAGUGAUGCUGAAACUGUAUCGAAAGUCCUCGCCGAGAUCAGACACGCCAGUCUUCAAACAGAGCCUUAUGUCAAGAAACAAAUGCCCAAUGGAUAUGGUCCGGUCUUCUCCAUUAUUAUGAAGGAUGAAGCUCUGGCUAGAAGACUGCCAAGCAAACUGCAAUAUUUCCAUCACGCGACCAGUCUCGGAGGUGUGGAGAGCCUGAUUGAGUGGCGGGCCAUGUCAGAUCCAAGAGUUGAUCAACGAUUGUUAAGAGUCAGUGUUGGUAUUGAGCAUUGGGAGGAUCUGCGGGAUGAUUUGGUAUCGGCUUUUAAAGCUUUGAUAGCUUAG